AUGGAACUCGCUAGCAUGAAUGCACUCCAGUUGAAGCGCGCCUCAGAAACAGACCUUGUCAAAUCUGAAAUGGUAUCAGUGCCAAUCCCGAAAUUGAAGCCGGACCACGCCCUCGUUCACGUCAAAUACGCCUCCAUACAACCAUCGGAUAGGCUUAAUGCGCAAGGACUAUUUCCAUCCACCACCUACCCUCGAAUCCCCGGCCGUGACUAUUCCGGUACCGUAGUGGAUAUAUCAAGCAAUUCCGAAGAGUCAAAAUCAUGGAUUGGGAAAAAUGUAUAUGGGUCUAGCGGCUCGAGCCUCGGCUUCGACACCGAUGGAACGCAUGCACAAUAUUGUUUGAUACCGCAAAACGCUCUUGUCGAGAUCCCGACUACGAUGUCCUUACUUCAGGCUGCGACAGUCGGUGUACCAUUUACCACUGCGCACCUUUGUCUAACCAAAGCUCGGGUCUCCGAAAAUGAUGUGGUUCUCGUGCUUGGAGCGAAUGGAGCUGUCGGGUCAGCAGCAGCACAAAUGGCCCGUGCAAUGGGGUGCAAGCGUGUUUUGACUGCUGUCCGACGGCCAGUCUCUAAUCCUGAUAUAGUUCUGGUCUCUGAUAGUCCAGGUAUAUCCCUCUCCGAAAACAUAUCAACCUUGACAAGUGACAAAGGGAUUGAUGUUGUCAUUGACACCGUAGGAGACAUGGAUCUGAUGUCGGCUGCGGUGGAGAAGUUGGCCUUCCAAGGCCGUUACAUCUGGAUUGCGGCACCUAGAGGGGUUGUCAGCAGAAGGCUCUCAUUUGAUGUGUUCCAAGGAUAUCGCAAGGAGAUCACACUACUCGGGUGUAACUCGGUUGCUCGCACACUUGAAGAUACGGCUGGGUAUCUACGAUCUGUGAACACUUGGAUUGACCGAGGAUUAUUGAAAGCACUCCCUGAAGAGACUUUCGGGACAGUGAAAUUGGAUGAGGCUAUUGAAGAUGGAUAUAAGAAAACGGCACAAAAAGUCGUGAUUGACAUGUCUUGA